AUGGCAUCUAAGGUAAAACAAGCUUUAACACAUGAUCAAUUAUGGGAAGUUUUAACUGAUACACCAGCAGAUACACCAGAAAUUGUACAACGUUAUCGAAAUUAUACAUCACCAAAUGUAUCUCAACCUCGAGUUCAUCCUGGACGUGCAUAUGACCCAACACAUCGUAACGAAACACAUGGUGAUCAAGCAAAUUUAGGUGAUGGAAAAAAUGGAGAAAUAAUUAAUCCAAAACCUAUGACAAGUUUCGAAAAUCGUUUAUAUAAUUUAAAUGAACUUGUUUAUGAAAGAAAUAGAGAAAGACUUAAACUCGAAAAAUUAUUACCAACAACAGUUGAUAAAUAUAAAACAACAUUUGGAAGACCAUCAGAAGCAAGUGAUAAAGCAGGAGAUAUUGUUAAUCCAAAAAAAUCACAUACACAAAUUGAAUUUGAAUAUGAACAACCACGUAGCAUGUAUGUGUUCAGUCAUAAAGAUUUUGAACCAGGUGAACAACUUGAACGUAAUUAUUAUGGAGGUGAUAUAAUUCGUAAUCAAGUUCAUGGUGUUCCAACACCAGUUUAUGCUGAUGGUCGUCAUGCACGUGAAGCAUUAAUAUGGCAACGAUCAAAUUAUUCAACACCAGUUGUAUCGCAAAUUGUCAAUGAAUUUGAUGAGUCUCGUAGUGAUAAUGCUGCUAUACGUACACGUCGUUUUCUUGCUGAAACUGGUUUACCAAUCGAUCAUCGUUUUGGAUUAGUAUCAGGAGCUGAUCGUUUAUCAGCUGGUGAAAUCAUCCAUCAACGUGCCAAUGUACCAGCUACAUUUGAUGAAAAAUCUCAAGCUGCCUUAUCUAAAUUACGUACACAAUUAUGUUCACUUCAUAUUCAAACAUUUAAAACACAAUUACAAGCAUUUCAAUAUUAUGAUACAAAUCAAGAUGGUCUUAUAUCAAUACAAGAAUUAUUAAAUACAAUCGUGAGAAAUUUUAAUCUUCAAGUAUCGGAUAGUGUUAUUGAUGCAUUAAUGUUACAAUGUGAUCAAGAUCGUGAUGGAAAAUUAAAUUUUCUUGAAUUUAGUAAUUUUCUUUGCUAUCGUGUUGGACAUACAAGUGGUCUUGAAAAAUUUAUCAAUGAUGAAAAAAAUAAAAAUAAAACUACUCCAUCAUUUGGAAUGAUUAAAGAUAAUCAAGGUCGACCAAUAAUGAAUAUAUCGGAUCUUGUUGAAGGUAAAGAUGGAAAAUAUUAUCCACGUAAACUUGUUUCACAAAUUGAUGAAAUGGUACCUGAUGGUUGGAAAACAAGUUAUGAUAAAAUAAAUGAUGCACCAUUACGUCUUGAACCAGUCGUUAAACGUCAAUAUGGUUUACCAUCAGUUGUAGUAAAUAAUCAAAGAUAUGCUAUAGCAAAACCGAAUACAACAAACCGACCACCAUAUGGUUCGAAUACAAUUGUUGGUGCUUUAUUAGCACCAUCAGUAUGGAGUGAUCGUGGUUUAACUGAAGAUGAUUUAUUAGUACCAAAAACAAUGGAAGAAAUGCGUGAUAUAUUUGCUAAUGCAAAUGUUUAUGUAUCUGGUGAAGAUUUCGUUUAUGCAUGGACAACAGCAGCUGCUACGAAUGAAUAUGGACAAGUUAGUGUAGCAACAUUUAAACAAGCACUUGAUGAUAAAAAUCGUUCAUUAGGCAAUUUUGAAAUUGUCUAUAAAUAA